AUGGAAGAACUCCUAACUAUUUUGCACUGUACUAAGGAGCAGAAGGUACAAUACGCUACCUUCAAGCUGGUGGGGGAAGCAAAGAGGUGGUGGAGGUUGGUGAAGUUGAUAGAAAAGCAGCGAUUAGGACCUACGGUUAUCACCUGGAGUCACUUUAAGGAAGUGUUCUUUGAUCAAUAUUUCCCCGCCGCCACCUGGGCAGCUAAAGUAGAGGAGUUUCUACAAUUAACCCAAGGGUCCAUGACCAUACAACAGUAUGCGACCAAAUUUGUGGAGUUAUCUCGUUUCACUUCACAUAUGGUCCUGGACGAGCCACUAAAAGCUCAGAUAUUUAAGAGAGGACUGAGGCAGGGGAUACGUGCUCAGGUGGUGGCAUUGUUGACUUAA